AUGGCAUCUGCCGUAGAUCAGGCAAAUGCCUACAAGAAUGAGGGUAACAAAGCUUUUGCGGCGCACGACUGGCCAAAAGCCAUUGAACUUUAUACUAAGGCUAUCGAGCUGAACGAUAAAGAGCCGACUUAUUAUACGAAUAGGGCUCAAGCGCAUAUCAAGUCAGAAUCUUACGGCUAUGCUAUUGCUGAUGCCACAAAAGCUAUCGAGCUUAACCCCAAGUUUGUAAAAGCUUAUUUCCGCCGUGCUGUCGCUUCUGCUGCUAUCCUAAAACCUAAGGAUGCCGUACGAGAUUUCAAGAAAUGUGUCGAGCUCGACCCCACGAACAAAGAUGCCAAGCUCAAGCUUGCCGAGAGCCAAAAGAUAGUGCGGCAGUUAAACUUUUAUGCUGCUAUCGACGUAGGGGACGAGCCCUCUGCAGCAGAGGGUCUCGAUAUCGCAUCUAUGGCCGUCGAACCAGACUACGACGGUGUAGAGCUGAAGGACCAGAUGACCCAAGAGUUUAUCGACGACAUGAUCGAGAGGUUCAAGAAUGGAAAGAAGAUACACAAGAAAUAUGUCUACCAAAUCAUCAUUGCGGUGAAGAAUAUCGUAUAUAAUGAGCCGACUAUGGUGGAGAUGGAGAUUCCGGAAGAUGUGAAGCUUACUGUUUGUGGCGACACACAUGGGCAAUACUACGACCUAAUGGAGCUUUUCAGGCUAAAUGGUCGUCCAACAGAAAAGCAUUGGUACUUGUUUAACGGUGAUUUCGUAGAUCGAGGUUCUUGGUCAACAGAAAUCGCCCUAUUGCUUUACGCUUAUAAGUGGCUGCGUCCGAACGGGAUGUUCCUGAACAGAGGUAACCACGAAACCGAUGAUAUGAAUAAGGUUUACGGCUUUGAGGGAGAAUGCAAAGCCAAGUACAACGAACGCGUGUUCAAGCUGUUCUCUGAAAGCUUUUCUGCGCUGCCGUUGGCAACUCUCAUCGGUUCGAAAUACCUCGUCUUACAUGGUGGCCUGUUCUCAGACGAUAAUGUCACUCUGGAUGAUAUCCGAAAGGUUAACAGGCAUGCUCAAAGGCAACCUGGUCAAUCUGGCCUGAUGAUGGAAAUGCUCUGGACGGACCCUCAACCGGCUCCUGGGCGAGGUCCUAGCAAACGAGGAGUGGGUAUGCAAUUCGGACCGGACGUAACGAAGAGGUUCUGUGAAAAGAACGGUCUGGACGCUAUCAUCCGCAGUCACGAAGUCCGUAUGAAUGGCUAUGAAGAGGAGCACGAUGGAAAGUGUAUCACUGUCUUCUCGGCACCGAAAUACUGCGAUCAAACAGAGAACAGAGGCGCGUACAUCAACAUCGGUCCCGAUUACAAGUUGAACUUCCACCAAUUUGACGCCGUCCCUCAUCCUCCAAUUCGGCCGAUGGCGUAUGCAAAUAACUCGCUUAUGUCGAUGAUGUAAGAGGCAUUUUGGUUUUGGUGUUUCCAAAUGGUGAUCUUGCAUUGGACGGGCGGCUUGAUGGUGGCAUCUUGGCAUAUAUGACACUUGAACGUCAGGGAAGCAUAGGCGUUGCGGGGAUUAGGUAGG